CCCAGAGCCAUUUUAGCCCUCAUGCUCCACAUGCACUCCAUGCACUCUGUAGAUAAUAUGUGCUGCUCUGAUUUUUUUCUUCAAAACUUGAAACCGUUCCAUUGUUGUGGAUUAGAAAACGUAGCAUAAUGCCACAAAUGCUUCAGCCGUGCCAGAGUUUGGACCCUGGAAGGUCUUUGAGGGAUAAGGUGAUUUACGUGAACCCAAACCUGGAGGAGGAAUUCUGGGAGAAAUUCCACCACAAACACAAGCAGGUGUUUGGUGAAGUGAAGGAAAAGAUAACGCUGGAGACUAAGAAAGUGGAGGAGGAGCCAAAAAUAGAGCUCUGUAGAGCUGAUGAAGGUGUCUGCCGCUCGACUCCGCCAGACUCCUCGCUACAAAAUAAGGAUUUGCCCCUAAAACGGCCCAAAUCUCAGAAAAGAGGAGACGCCGACAGCCUCUGGAAGCAUCUAUGGCGCUCCAGUGUGUAUCGUUUGUCCCUCAGGAAGCUGGUUUCGGCAGUCAAGCAGGGCGGCAACUAUUUUCAGCUCCUCCUGGAGCAAGAGGAGCAGAAAAAUGAAAAGAGGAGGAAGAAAGAAGAGAGGAGACGGACUGAUCUUCAUCAUCAUCAAACGUCCACCUCUGACUCUGAGAUAGAGAAUGAGGAAGAGAGAAGAUCUGUUAAUGGAGGAGUUUCCUCAUCACCAUGGAGGCAGAGCAACAGGAGGCAGGGUGAACGACUCCGCCCCUUUACUCCAGUCCACCAAUCACUGACUUCAGAUCAGCCACAUCAUCUUUCAGAGGAACAUGUGUAUCGGCAACUGUGCUGUCUGUGCUGGUUGUUGGAGGCUCUGACUCUGGAACGCUCCGGAAGAUUCGGAUCUGUGGCUUCAUGCUGGGACGCUAAGGAUCCAGGACGGAGCAGAAACACUCUGAAGGCUGUGAGCAGAGAGAAGUUGAUUCAGGCCAAGUGGGACCGAUUCAUCUCUCCUCCUAAGUCUCUGUUUCCUGUAAUCAGAUUGUCUCGCAUAACCUCUUUGACCCACAAGUCUCCAGCCCUCAGUGCCGCUUCGUCGGCGGUGUUAACAACUUCGUUGCCAGGCAACAUGUCCUCCUGUGACGUUACUUUUUCGGGUGAAGAGAGCGAGUGUCCAAGUGUGGUGAUGUUGGAGACGGAUCCUCCUGUUUCUAAAUACCUGCAGAAACUGCUAGAUGAAGUUCACCAGAGUAUUUCUAAAGAGCUUUAUGGCUCAACCACAGACUGCAGCUCUGACACAGAUAUGAUCAGUUUUGAGACACUCAGAGCCCAGUAUAACACACAGGACAGAGCAGUCACUGGAAAACUGGAGUCACACACAGCAAAAAGUUCAGAACGUUCCAUCACCUCCACCGUGUUCAGCCAGGAGAAGGCGGCCAUGUUGGAGGAAAUGAAGCUGAUGUUUACAGAAAGAUCUCAGGAAUUAUCUCUGAGAUUAAUCGACACUCUGGAUCUCCAAGCCAAGAAGAGGUGGAUGAGUGGAGUGCAGAGAUAUCAGUCCCUCUCCAACAUGUCUGCCUCCAGAUGUCAUACUGCCUCUGUGCCUUGUGUCACUCCGAGUCCACGACAGGAGUCUGACACACAAGACAUCCCCUACAGUACCCACUGGCUCUCAGCAUUACUCAGCAGCCUGCCCACACACACACACUCGAAUAGGAAGAUGGUGUGUGUGUUGGAGAAACUGAAGCGUUACACCCAGGAGAGAAUUCUGCGCAUCCGACCACACGUCUUCCUCAGGGUCCUAAACUCCCUUCAACCUUGGGAGCUGUGUUGUCCUGAACUGUGUGUGGCUAUAGAGAUCGUGAGGGAGAACGCAGUGAGGAUGUCUACAGAUGAGUAUGACUGCUGGCUGUGUGGUAAACUCCACCUUCCACAGAGUGCAAAGACCGGCAGAUAAUCUCUCCAAGUAUCUCUAUAGAAGUAUCUCUAGAAAAUGAU